GAAAGCAUUUCUUAACGUCUACUGCAGGCCUACAAAAGAGCGCAGAGUGCAAGGUCAGCUUCGCCGUGGACAGCAUCUGACCAACAGCUCUACUCACCGGCGGGAAGGGCACCAGUAUGUCAUCGAAAACGUCAGGCUCGGUUCCUGCGCCCCUGCGCAUCGCGCUUCCUUCAUCAACUCCAGCCAUAUCCACUCCGUCUGAAUCCUCCACUAGAGCGCCUUCACCUGUCUCCGAUUUCUCUGUUUUUACGAAACCUGGGGAACCGGAAGAGCUGAAGAUUGUUGAAGUUAAAGGCCUCGAAGAAGGUCACUACUGGGAUGGCCACCAAGACGAUGAAAUCCCAGACAAGACGCACGGACGCAUUUUCCGCAACCUACGUUAUCAGAUCUUUACGCUCUAUCGCCGUCUCUUCAGUAUUGUGAUCAUUACGAACAUGAUUAUUUUCAUCGUCUCGAUGGCCAACGGGGGACUUGUUGCAGGCCAAAUUGGCCAACUGGUCCACGGCAACUUACUUGUGGCGAUUGUGAUGCGUCAGGACCAUGUAAUCAAUGCGUUCUUCCUCAUCUUCUGUGCUGUCCCUCUCUCGUAUGUGCUGGUUGUUCGUGUAAGGCAUUCAGACAUUCUAACUUUCAUUUAGCUGGCCUCUCUUCUUCCGACGGGUUGCUGCCCAGGUGUUCCAUAUUGGCGGACGUAAGUGCACUCCGGCGGCGCAAUCUCAUCUACGGCCUGGUUCAUUUAUCUCACGGUUCAACU